AUGACUACCCCCAGUGUUCAUACCUUUGACACUAAGGGUCAUGCUGUUCACUUUGAGGUUUGGGUCGAUAACCUUCAGCUGUUCCUCCAGUGCAAUAGGGCAAACGGCCUCUUUUUGUUCGACCUCACCUCUGGUGCCUCCCCUGCCCUGCCUGCUACUGCUGACAGCACUGUUUGCUCACAGUGGGCGACACGCGAUGCUGCUUCCCGUCUUGCUGUGCGUCGCCACUUACCGACCACUGAGCGUGCGCACUUUAGCCAGUACAAGAGUGCUCAGACCUUGUACGACGCUGUAGUUGCACGCUACUCUUCCCCUUCCACUGCUGCACUGAGCCGCCUCAUGCUACCGUACCUCUUCCCUGACCUUGCUGCCUUUCCCACUGUCGCUCACCUCAUUACGCACCUCCGCACUAGUGACACUCGCUACCGCGCUGCGCUUCCUGCUGAGGACCACUUCCUCUCAGUUUGCCCCACCACUCUCACCGUUGACCUCCUCAAGGAGCGCCUCCUCGCAGUAGAGAAGAGCAUAGUAGCUGUAGGAGCCUCUCGUGGUGACCCUCGCACCCCCGUCUUUGAGGGGUGUUCCCCCUCCCCCCUCUUGCCCUCUAUUGCUUCUGCUGGUGUUGCUGACCUCGUUGGUUUCUACGGGGUCGGCGCUGCGUCUGCCCCUAGCGGGAGGCACCAAAACGGCAAGGGCAAGGGGGGCAAGGGAGCUGGACGGGCUAGCGGGGGCGGUGGAGGUGGCGGUGGAGGCAGUGAAGGGGGUGGGGGUGGUGGUGGGAGUGGUGGCGGGGGUGGCGGCGGCGGUGGCAGCAGUGGAGGCGGAGGAGGCGGCGGUGGUGGCGGAGGGAGCGUAGGUGGCGGAGGUGGCGGAGGCGGUGGAGGUGGCAGAGGCGGCGGAGGCGCCGGCGGCAACGGCGGAGGCGCCGUCGGCGGCGGCGGCGGUGGAGCUGCUCGCGACUCUACGCAGAGGAGUGGGUCCGGUGGUGGUCCCCGCCAGCUGCAGCAGCGUAGUCACGUGUGGCGUCACCAGUUCCCUGAGCCGUCAGAGAAACCUCGCUGGGGAGAUUUGUCUAGGGUGGGGUUUGCCAUCUUUGAUUUUGACUAUGAUGCUAUUCUUGCUGCCAUGUAUGCUGUGACUGUUUGUGUUGAGGGUGACUGUUACGUGCGUGUUCCGCCUGACCCGAGCAUUGAGGCUGCUGCUCUAGGUGUUGGUGAGGCUGCUGCUCUAGGUGCUAGUGCGUCAGCUGCCCCAGGUGCAAGUGCGUCUGUUGCCCCAGGUGCUGGUGAGUCUGCUCUCUCAGGUACUACGUCGGCUCAGGCCUUACACACCUUCACCCUUGACUCGGGUGCUUCCCGCUCCUUCUUUCGUGACCGCACCACACUUACGCCUCUUAGUCGAUCGGUUGUGGUCUCCCUGGCGGACCCCUCUGGGGGUCCUGUCCUUGCUAGCUUCUCCACUGUCUUACCGUGCCCGGCAGCCCCCUCUAGCACCCUGUCAGGCCAACACUUGGCCACGUUCACCCAUCGGCCAGGGUCGAGCCUGUACACACUUACUACCGAGUCUCCUCCGGCUGCUGCGUCUGGUCAAGUAGAUGCGUCGAGUCAGGUGUUUGCUGCAGCGUCCAGGUCUUGUCCUGAGUCUGCUCCUUGCUCGUGUCGUCUCCUGUCCCACCAGACUCUCCUUUGGCACCACCGCCUUGGUCAUCCCUCCCUUCCUCGCCUGCAAGGAAUGGCCUCCCGUGUCCUUGUCUCUGGUCUCCCCCGGUCUCUCCCUCCCCUACCUCCGGGGCCUGCCCCUACUUGCGUCCCCUGCGUCGAGGAGGGACAGCGCGCCGCCCCUCACUCCUCCGAGUUUCCUCCGACGGAGGCUCCACUGCAGACUCUUCACAUGGACGUGUCGGGCCCCGCCCACGUCCGUGGACAGGGGCACGAGCGUUACUUCCUGUUGGUGGUUGACGACUACUCGCUUUACACCACAGUCUUCCCCUCGCGCGACGUCACUGAGUACGCAGCGCAUCAGCUCAACCUCCAGCCCCGGGUCUCCUUGCCAGAGACCUCCCCCACCCUGCGGCGGACGGGGAAGGUUGGCGAUGCGUCUGCAUUUCGGGUAGACGCAGUCGAGCCUGUCGAGGUAACUAUUGACUCUGGUGCUGCUAGAGGUGCUGAGCCUGCAGGUGCCAGGUCUGGAGGUGCUGAGCCUGAGGGUGCAGAGCCUAAGGGUGUUGAGUUUAGGAGUGCAGAGCUUGGGGGUGCUGAGCCUGGGGGUGCUGAGUCUGGGGGUGCUGAGCCUGGGGGUGCUGAGUCUGGGGGUGUUGAGCCUGGGGGUGCUGGGUCUGCUCGUGUGGCCUGGCCCGGUACUACUGUUGCUGCUGGUGCUGCUGGAGGUACUGCUGGAGCUACUGGCGGUACUGGAGCUACCGGUCCUGCAGGAGUUGGUGCUACUGGAGCUGGUGGAGCUGGAGCUGCUGGGGGUGUUGGCGCUGGUGGUGCUGCUUGCGCUGGUACGUCUCAGGGUGCUGGAGUUGGCGCUGUUGGGGCUGGAGGUGCUGCUGGCGCUCAUGCUGCCGCUGGAGGUACUGGUGCUGUCCCUGCUAGUUCUGGAGGCGCUGCGCGGCUGAGGUUCUUGUCACAGUUACAACCCGCCUCCCCCCUGCCUGCUCCUUCUCCCUACACUGGUCCUAUUGGAGGUCUUGCUGGGAGUCGUGAUCCUGCGUCUCGUCCUGCGUCGCCUGUUCGUGCUGCUCGCACUGGUGGUCGUAUUGCGCGUCCGCGUCCUCCUGCGGUCCCACGCACACACCAGAUGGCACUGCGUCCUUCCACCGAUCCUCUAGGUGUCCCGUUGCCGUCUCCUCCAGAGUCCUCUCUUUAUACUCUUAUUGACCCGGAGUCUAACUCUCUUCGUGCUGCCAGUCCUUCUGUCACGCGUCUCCUUGCUACUGUUGUCACUGACCCUUCCUUUGAGUCCACUGAUACGUCUGCCUUAGUUGCUGAGCUUGUCGACUUCGCUGCUCACUGUCGUCUAGACUAUGCUGCUAGUCAUGUUGCUGAGUCUGAGUCUGUCUGUCCUCCGUCCGUCGAGGGUGAGUGUGCUCUUAGCACGGACGUCCUUGAGGACAGGCAGGAGGAUUUCCAGUGUUUUGCUGCUGCUUUGCCUCAUCUCGUGUCCACGCUGAUUGCCCUUGAGGGAGACCCGGAUGCACCAGACAUCCCGACUCCUCGAUCGAACGCUGAGGCGAUUGAGGGUCCCUACUCCUCACAGUGA